CAACACCCAUUGCACUUGGUCUAAUGUUCGCGCGACGACGAAAAAUUGCUAGAAAUGUGUAUGUCAAUUGUAUAAUGUAGAUGCAAUUUUGACUGAUGGAAUAUUUCAUUACUACCUCAACUUCUACAAAAUAGAUACAUACAGAAUCCAGGUAUCACCAUCAAUUCCAUGCAACAUUCCACACAAUGCAACCAUUCAGAAACUCAAAACCAACAACACUUUUCAACAACCUUCUCAGAUUCAAACUCACACUACUCAAUUCUCUCAAUCCAUUGAAUCUGCAUCUUCACAAUCACCUCACCAAAUCCCAUUGCACAUGUGUCCCUCCUCCUCCUCCUCCUCCUCCUGAUUCUGAUUCCACAGACCCAACAACCAUCGAUGCAGGCUCUUCUAACCGCAAACCGAUCAGUUUGUGGCCUGGGAUGUACCAUUCCCCUGCCACUCACGCUCUCUGGGAAGCCAGAUCCACCAUUUUCGAAAAACCCCUUCAUGCUAAUGGUUCCUCUUCACAGAUUCAAGCCGUUCCCAAAGCUCCUUCUCGAAGCAGGACUAGUGUUUUCUACAAUUUCUCUUCUGACUACAUUCUUCGUGAGCAGUAUAGGAAUCCUUGGAACCAUAUUAGGAUGGGAAAGCUCGUUGAGGAUUUUGAUGCUCUAGCUGGAACCAUUGCAUUCAAGCACUGCUGUUAUGAAGAUGGCACAACAAGGCCCCUUCUAUUGGUCACUGCUGCAGUGGACAAGAUGGUUCUUAAGAAAUCAAUCCAUAUUGAUGCUGAUUACACUAUUGUUGGUGCUGUCACCUGGGUUGGGCGGUCAUCCAUGGAGAUUCAGCUGGAAAUGACCCAGACAGCACAAGAGAAUCCAAAUAUCUCAAACACACCAGCAGUUGUAGCUAACUUCACAUUUGUGGCUCGUGACUCUACCACGGGAAAAGCAGCCGCAAUUAACCAAGUCUCGCCUGAAACGAAGCAAGAAAAAUUGCUCCGGGAAGAAGCAGAGCAGAGGAACCAAUUAAGGAAACAAAAGAAAGCAGAACAGAAACAUGGAGAGAGGGAAGGAGACACUACCAGGCUUAAUGCACUAUUGGCUGAAGGGCGUAUCUUUGAUGACAUGCCGGCAUUGGCUGACAGAGAUAGCAUCCUGAUGAAGAAUACUUGUCUCCAAAACUCUUUUAUCUGCCAGCCACAGCAAAGAAACAUCCACGGUCGUAUAUUUGGAGGGUUUCUGAUGAGAAGAGCAUUUGAACUUGCCUUUUCAACGGCUUAUGCCUUUGCUGGUGCAGCACCUCAUUUCUUAGAAGUUGAUCAUGUUGAUUUUUUUAAGCCUGUAGAUGUUGGAAAUUUUCUUCGUCUCAAAUCUUGUGUUCUGUACACAGAACUUGACAACCCAGCUAAACCACUGGUGAAUGUGGAAGUCAUUGCACACGUGACAAAGCCUGAGCACCGGUCCAGUGAGGUAUCCAACAGAUUCUACUUCACAUUUGGUGUUGAUCCUGAAGCCAUUAAAAAUGGAUUGAAAAUUCGAAAUGUUGUUCCUGCGACAGAAGAGGAAGCACUAAAGGUUCUUGAGCGCAUGGAUGCGGAGAGCUCUUAAGUUUAGUCUAUCAUAAUCUACAAUGAUAAUAAAACUGUCUAGAAAUUAGCAGAAACACAAUUUUUUUAAACUAAUUUUACCAUGUUUAUUAAUUAAUCAUUUUCUACACGGGCUGCACCUCUAGAGGUAAUAUUCAAGUGGUCUAAAAGUGUAUAGGAAUUAGGAUAAACAACUCUGAAUAGAAUAUAUUUGUAGAACUUUCUUGACUAUGUCUCAAGUGUCAUAGUUGUAGAUUGAAUUAGAGGGAGAAUAUCAGUGGCAUGCUAUAUUCUACCUGGAAUUUGAAUAAAACUUUUCCAUUCA